AUGCGAGCAAGGAAGAAGGGAGCGGAGAGUGGGGCGCGAGGUGGGGCGCGAUCGCCCGGGAGAAAGCGCGAGGGCCCGGGCGCCGGCCGCGGGCGGCGGGGGAGGGCGCCGGGGCCGCGGGGCCGGCUGUGCGCGGGUGGAGCCGCUGCCGUCGGGGCGCCGCGCGCGGGGCCUCCCGGGUGCCCGAGCGCCGGCGGGGCGGGCAGGGCGCGGGGACGGCGACGCAGCGCCGAGCGGGGCCGCUUACCUGUUGCUGCGGGAGCCGGUCCCCGGGGACGGGCCGCUCGUCCGGGCUGUGGCGCGGCGGGCGCGGCGGCGGGGCGGCGGCUGGAGCGGGGCGCCUGUGCCCGCACGUCCGGCCGGCGCGCGGCGCAGCGAGCUCUGAGCGGCGGCGGGGGCGCGCGGCGUCUUAAGGCGGCGCGGGGCCCUCACCUGGUGGCGCCCCCUCCCUCGGCCCCCGCCCGCGCCGGUGACGCACGAGGCGGCGGGCGCCCGGAGCCGCGGGGCUGGCGGGCGGGGGGCCGGCGAGCCGCCCGCUCCUCCGCUGCUCUCCCCCGCCGCCCCGCCCGGGCGGCUCGAGAUGGCCGAGUCCUCGCCUCCGCCGGGCGGGUUCCGCGCCCGCCCCUGGCCUGCGGAGCCCCAGCCGGCGGGCCGGGUCGCGGCCACAGGGCCGCCGGGUCCUUCGGAAGUCUCGGGAACCGGGCUCUCGGGCCCUGA